UCGACUCUUAUCUCAAAAAGAUGAUCAAACAAAAAAAAAAAUUGCUCAAACUCCGACGUUUAACUAUUCACGUGACCGCGCGAAUUGUACUCAAGGCAUUACAAAAAACAAACUUGGAAAACAAAGGAAAGGUUUACACGUAUGUAUUUUAGUGUUUCCUCAACACAAAGAAACAGACAACAUUUCCGACAGUUUUCACAACAACGUUCACAUUUUAGAGGGAAACAUUGUCUCCACCUUCCGAUGAAAAGCACGGGUGGGGGGGUGGUUACUAAAGGCAGGACAUCUCAGAUACCAACAACUUACUAACAGCCUGUUAAUCGCACACUUAAACGUUUUGUUUGUGGGAACAACAGAAGUGAGCGUUCAAGUCCUUCCCCAGAGCAGAGUUUUCACCUUUUAGUAUGCAAAUGAUAUCAGUACCCAAGCUGACUCUCCACCCAGAAGCGGCGGCCCCUAUAACCGAGCCGUGGGAAGGCAACGCUUUUUAAAUUGGUUCAAUUAAACCGCACGUGAACGAGAUGGUCAUGUCUGGUGGAGCGGGAAGAAUUACCGAUUGAGCCGAGUCCCGGGCGGCCAUCUUCGGGAUGUGGAAGCGCAAAGCACUCCAGUCCAGUGAAGUGCUAACUUCUCUCAAGAUAUAUGUAGAGGUGAAGGAAGGAAGUGAAGCUGAGGUGGGGCCAGUGAAUGACAACAUCCAGCUGAUUGGUAGCCUAGAUCUUUCCAACAUCUGUAAUAAUGGCAACAUGAAAUCUCUCCAUAAUGGAUGCACAAGUGCAAAUAUCUUAUCUGUAGAUAAUACAGAUUCCAGGAUGUUCCAGAAUUCAUCUCAUCCAAAGGUAGAUAAUGGCUUUUGUGACCAUAGUGGCAACAAGAGACAGGAAAUGGGAGAGAAUAAAUUGACUCCUUCAAAAAUCAUGCAUUUUAUUUCAAAUCCUAGCAAGUACACAAGUUGUAACUCAGAUAGUAGACCACAUUCUGUGAUAUUGCUGGGAAAUUCUCCCACUUGGAAUGCCUUAUCAUCUUUCAGGAAAAUGGGCUCUUUCAAAAAACUCAAGUCCUCAGUUUUUCAAGGAAUUCAAACCAGAGGAAAUGCUGAGGUCAUAAAUGUUGAAAAUUUUGAAAAUGCACACAAACAUGUGCAAAAUGGCCAUGGUGUGCAAAUGCAGAACAGAUCUUCUUGCACAGCCACAUUGCAAGAUUUGUGUAGUUCUGGGGAGGACUUGGCUUCGGAUGCUUCGGAAACUGAAGAUGUUGAUGAAGCUUUUUUACGCCAUACCCACAGGUCACGGAGCAUUAGACGUGCUUAUAGGGUUGGACGGAUAAAUUUAUUGGACUGUGAUAAAUCCCCAAUCCAAGAGGGCUCUACCAAAGUUGUGUUCCUUGAGGCCCAAGAAUCAAACAUUAGUGAUUCAAUGGUAACAAACUGUGGAAAUCACAAAGCUAUCAACAGGAGAAGCAAAAGCACAGACAAUUUAAGCUUUUUCAAGAAAAGUUCAUUUAAAAGGAAAUCGACCUCUAACCUCAUAGAGGUAAAAGCCACCAAUGAAAAUGAAAGACUACAACGCACAGCAAGUGCUUCAUCAGCAGAUGAAAAAUCUGGCAACACAGAAAGACGGUCAAAACGCUGGAGGAGCCCAAUCAGAGCUAAAGAUUUUGACAGAAUGCUAAGACUAGUGAGUAAUGUUGCAGAUGUUGCAAGGAGGCGAGAGAGUCCAUCAAAGGAAAAUUCAUCUUCACGUGAAAGUAGAAAUGGAGCUCGAGCUAAUAGCAGGCUUCAUGAUGAUUAUUCUCGAAGAGUUUCUCGGAGUGUUGACAGUGAAAGACAUGGAUUUGCUUCCCCUAACUGGAACCAACCCUCUGCCUUUCCUGAAUCCUCUCAUUUAUUCACCCCCUCAGUCACUCAGACUGCUGUUACACAGUUGGAAAAAUCAUUAUCCUCGCCAGACUUUAAAACCAGUAGGUCUUCCCAAAAUUUGAAUCUGGCUGUACUAAACUCAAAUAGUCAAUCUACCUUCUGUCCUGUUAACCCCUUUGCUAAUGAAGUAUUCUUUGAUGAUUCAAAUGAAUCCAAACAGACCAGUCAGUUUACAGAAACUGAGCAGCCUGCUAUUCCAGUCAGACCGACUGCUCCUAAACCUCAGAGUCCUAGCAUUGAAAAAACUAAACACAAUAUUGCAUUCAAUUGUCCAAAUCAACACAGUACUUUAUCACUUACUUCUAUGGACAGUGAUGGACGAACUGAAGGAACUGUCUCAAAAGCUGGAAAAUAUCCAGUAUCAUUUCAGGAUCCGGUACAAACAGUUUAUUUUGAUGAUGGUAAUGAAGACAGCGGGGUAAGCAGUCACUCACAGCUUAGUCUGAAUACAGCAGUUUCUGGAGUGGAAGAGAAAAAGGAGGAGGUGUCUUCUGAAGAUCAAUGGACGAAUCAGCUCCCUUCCGCAGAAGACGAAAAGACUGAUGGACAAAAGUUUGGGCAAAAAAGGUGGAACUCCUGGAAAAGCAGGCAACGACAACGACCUCUUUCAGAUUAUGGUCAAUUCGCUAGCAGGAAGUUUUCUAUCCCAGAAAAUGGUUUGCCUAUUCAAUCUCAAAAAAUUGACACUACAGAGAAUGAAGUCACCAUUGUUGACUCCCAACCAGAGAAAUGUGUCAGUAUUCAGCUCCACAGAAAUCAGAAAAGGAGGCCAAUCUCCAUAAUUGGUGGGGCCAGUAUUUAUGGGAAUAAUCGCUCGGAGGAAAUAGUGGAUCUUCUUACAAUACAACCAGUUGCUCGGCCACCUGUUCCCUCACAUCAGGUACCACCAUAUAAAGCUGUGUCUGCCAGACUUCGGCCUUUCACUUUCUCCCAAAGCACACCCAUUGGCUUAGAUCGGGUUGGGUGUAGACAGCAUUUGAGAACAUCAAAUUGGUUUGAGGAGAGACUAGAGCAAGAAGGAUUUGGGAUAUACUCUGAAUAUUGCAACAAUCAUCCCAGUGCAUGUGUUGAACUCGCCAAUCUAAUGAAACAAAGCAAAUAUCGACAUUUUUUUGAAGCCUGUCGACUGCUUCAACAGAUGAUUGAUAUCGCCAUUGAUGGCUUUCUUCUUACGCCAGUCCAGAAGAUCUGUAAAUAUCCACUACAGCUUGCUGAGUUGCUCAAAUACACUACCCCUGAUCACAGUGAUUAUGAAAAUAUCAGAGCCGCAUAUGAAGCAAUGAAGAAUGUAGCACAUCUGAUUAAUGAACGCAAAAGACGACUAGAAAGUAUAGACAAGAUUGCUCAAUGGCAAGUGUCCAUUGUAAACUGGGAGGGACAAGAUGUUUUAACCAGAAGCUCAGAAUUAAUUCAUUCUGGCGAGUUGAUGAAAAUUUCAUGUCAAGGAAAGAGCCAACAGAGAACAUUUUUUCUGUUUGACCAUCAGUUGUUUUUCUGCAAAAAGGACUUAUUGAGACGAGAUAUGUUGUACUACAAAGGACGUAUUGAUAUGGAUGAGGUUAAAGUCCUUGACGUGGAAGAUGGUAAAGACAAGGAAUUUAACAUUAAUGUGAAAAAUGCCUUCAAACUGAGAAUUAAUGCAACGGAGGAAGUAUACCUAUUCUGUGCCAAAAAGCCAGAAGAUAAACAGAGAUGGCUCCAAGCAUGUAUAGACGAAAGAAAAAGAGUAGAAGAAGACAAAGAAAUGGGAUUUGUAAUACAUGAAAAUCAGAAGAAACAAGCAAUGUUAAAUGCCAAAAAAUCCAGGCAUGGGAAAAUGAAGAGGGUGAAUUAUAGUGGAUUUUCUGCUCCUCCUCCACAUCAAUCUCUGCAUCCACUCCACCAGCGACACAUCACCGUGCCUACCAGCCUUCCUCAGCAACAAGUGUUCGCAUUGGCUGAGCCCAAACGCAAAGCUUCUCCCUUCUGGCACAGUUUUACCAAGUUGACUCCCUUUAAGAAAUGAAAAUACAGGUUACCAAAAAGUAAGAAAAAUGAAACCAGUCUCUGCGGAGAUUUAGGGUUCUGCGAAAACACCCAGCUUUGAGAAGUUGAACAAUAAAGGACUAUCAAUUAUGUUUGUUACACUUUAUUUCUACCCGCACCCAUAGCUCAACUGAGGCCUUUCUGACAACUAUUUCAGCCAAGCAGUGAAAAUAAUAGAACUGUGUAGCAAGUAUUCACAAAAAAACUGACGCUUCGAAAUUUAUUCUGAUGCAUUCUUGACAUAUUCUAACAGAUUAUUUUACAGGUGAUGAAUUAUUUUCAAUAACUUUGAACAACAAUGUUAAUCAGAUUAGUUGUCAUUAUUUUACCAUGCUGCAGCUCGUCAUUCUUUUCUCUACAUUUGUAUUUGACCUCUUUAUUUGCCUUGCUAUUCUAUGGGAAAUAGAAAUUCAAUUUUGCAGAUACCCAGUUGAAAUGCGAUCUUCUUAUAAAAUUAUUCAAGGAAGUGUACCCCAUAACAAUGAGAGAUGAUACUGGUCAGGGUAUGCACAUUUUAAGUAAGCAAAUGUUUUAAAGUCUGAAAUUUCAAAAGCACGUUGCAUAUUCUAUGGUUAGAAUUAUAAUGGAAUUCCAUCUUAAUAUGAAAAGAAAAAAUAUAACUUUUUUUUAUUGUGGUAUCUAAUAUGUGUUUUAAAUGCAGAUGAAUGUAUAUGAAAUCCUUCAUUGCAAUGUAAGCACCAUCUUGUGCUCAGAGGUAAUUCAAAGUUUAUUUUUCCCAUUGGAUAAGUAUUUCAACCUGCCAAGGCCUUAAAAUUUCUUGUUUACUUGCAUUGGAAUAGCACAAUCGGACUUGUUCUCAGUCUGCAUGUGGUACAAAAUUAUUGGUGGUGAUGGAGAGUUAAUCUCAACCUCACCAUUAUAGGUGAAGAUUACCAAAACAAGCAUACAGGACUUGGUGCUUUUUAUUUUUAUUUUCCUAUUUAUGGUAUGGACCAUAAGCACCAAAUCCAAACUACUGUGUCACCAAUUCUAGGUAGAAUGUUUCUUAGUGAAAACAAUAAUAACUCAAUGUUUCCAGGAGUGCCAUCCAGCCUUAGAUAAGCAUGGCAACCUGCGAAUGUAUGAGAAGUUUUCAUUUGUAUUCGUUUUAAGUCUUGUCUUUAAACUCUGCUGUCUCUAGCAGCAGUCUUUGUUUUGCUGCUGUUGAAUUUUUUUUUAUGAAGGAUGUCUUAAGGUUUUUAAAUGCCCUUAAGAUUUUAUUUAUAACAAAACAUUUUGAAAGCAAGUAUCUUUAAAUAACAAAGGAAACCAUUUGUUGGGGUAAUGUUACUAGCAAACUGCAGUGCAGCUUUUAUGAACCAAAGAACAUGGUGGCUAGUUAUCAGUCAACGUCCCAUUACACUAUGAUUUUGAAAAUAUCUAGCAAAUCAAUACUUCCAAGUUAUCUGUAAUAAAUGGGUUGCUCUGUAUAUAGUGAGGAUUUGUGUCUUGAUACCUUUAUUGAGACUGGUUUUCCUGUAAUGAUGUUACCACCCAAUAUAAGUGAUAUCUGAUAUGUACUGUUACGUUUCUACGCAGUCUUCUGAGCAGAAGACAGCUUCAAAACCAUGUAAUUGACUGCUGUAUAAUUGAUAUUUCAAGCAUAAAUGUACAUAACUAAUGUAACUAUUUUUUGUAGAUUAGUUUUUAUGUUGCAGUAAGUGAUUUAUCUGUAGUUAAUAUAAUAAAACAAUUCCUAAAAAGUCAUUUAUUUUGGUGAAAUAAAUAUGAUUUUCUCAUUCCAAA